AUGAAAAUCUGUGUAUUUCAAUCAUGUUUCGAAGAACUCCAAGCUUCAGUCGGCGAGUCACAAAGGCUAUACAUGAACCCCGGCCAACACAUCACCCAGCACAAAAUAUCCCACAACACCAUCCAUAAGACCACAGCGAAAGCCCAAAUAGAUGCCGCAGUGCGCGAAGGCCAUGAUUUCUAUUUGAAUUUCAUGUGGGGAACACACGAUGACUCACUAGCUGGCAUCGACGCAAUUCGAUACUUUGAGUCGCUUAACCUACCUAGCGCUGGUAUCCAAAGCUCCGAGCGCGAACAAACCAAAUGGGACUUCUUUGCAGAGGCCAAACGUGCCGGCAGUCCCCUUGUGCCUGGGACAACGAAAUUCCCUUUAUUCGUCAAGCCAGCGUCGAGCUAUGGGAGUAUGUUUAUUGAUGAGCAUUCUCUGUGUCAAAAUGAAGAUCAGUUAGAUGACUGUAUUCAAAGAUUGAAUCAGUCGAUGCGUUCCGUGCGCGUCUUGCGUGCGCGAGCGCUUGGAUACGCAGAUCCAGACCAAUAUGCUGAUGCCCGGGAGGCUGAAGGGAGGAACAGUUUGGAUCUUGUUGUGCAGGAAUUUAUCGACGGAGAGGAGUACUCUGUUGUGGUCAUUGCUAUGGGACAAAGUCCUUUUCCGCUCAUUCCACAACGUGCGAAAUACAAACAGGUUUCCAGCGAGGGCCGAUUCUUGACUUUGGAUUUGAAGUUCGAUGAGGCGUCUGGAUAUGAGCUGCUGAAUGAGAACGAUGACCCGAGGCUCUGGAAGCACUUGCAAGCUACUGCCGUCGAGGCUUUCACGACGAACAAAAUGUAUACGAACUACAUGGGCUGUGAUGUUGAUAUGCGCAUUGGGAAGGAUGGGAGAGCUUAUGUCAUUGAGGUUGACCCGCUUCCUGUUUUCUUUUACCCCGUUGGAUCCCAACUUGAGGAUACUGAUAUCCAGCGGGGGUUUCCUGGGAGUUACCGAGCCGUUCUCAACACUUAUAUCACGAAUUACUUUCUCAAUCAUCGCGCUAAGCGUGGGGAUGAUUUCAUCGAAAUGGCAAACUUCUAUGACUGUCUGGCUCAAUCUCAUGCUGGUCGCGUUUCAGCGACCAACUCUGCCAAAUGUAUUACAACGAGAUCUUAUCAAGGCACCGCACUUGAUCUUGGGUGUGGAACUGGAACUGUCGGCCGCCUUCUGAGAUCGGAUCCGGAGAACCAAAUUACGGAAAUGGUGGGAGUCGACAUAUCCAAGAAAUCGCUGGAUAUCUGCCAAAACAAUUUGUAUACCGAACUCGUCCAUGAAAGGAUGGAAGUAUACAUGGCGGAAAGGAUACAAGGGGUAGACCACAUACUCUGUAUGUUUGCACUACAGCAUCUUUCCAUGGAGGAACUGGACUUUGUGCUCGCCCGGUGUUUCCAACUUGCCAAGCAGUCUAUCACUUUGGUAGUUGAUGCAAUUGGAGUGGCCCCCAGUAACCCCCUUGGUUUGAUGAACAACAUCAAAAGAUUCUCGACAGAUCAUUCUGAAAAUCUGAGAACUUUCAAAAUUCCGUAUGGGUGGUCCGCCUUGCCAAAUUGUUGUCGGGAUAGUCAAGAUUUGUACUUCUGUUUCCAACGAAAUGCACAUUAG